UUAUGCCGCGCGCUAAGACCGCUUUUGGCAAGCCUGCUGCAAAGAUCGUCAUUGGUGCCUGCCCUGGGCGGGCUGACCUGAUGAAAGCACUUGACCGCGGGCAUAUGAGCGGGAUUACAACUUCACUCGAGAUGGAAUAUUGGACAAGAAGAAUGCCACUGUGCUAGCCUUUCGUCAUGGCGGGUCCGGGCAGCUUCACACAACCUCCCCCUUACACCUUCGCGGCCAUCCAGUCUGCUGUCGCUGGCCCGGCUUCCCACCAGCAAACACCUUCCUCUCACGCCAACUCUUCGCGAGUCUCGACAGCGUCCAAUAACACCUAUGUCAUGGCUCGAUCUCCUGCCAAGAACAGCAGACGACGCACCAUAGAUCCCUAUCUGCCCAAGAUCAUCACCACCGUCGGACAGCGACCGGCCUGCCUAGUCAAUGCCUCAGUCACCUACGUGGGCAACGAAGCAAUAUAUGCCUUUGGCGGGUUCGACCAAUACACCGACGAAGUGUACAAUCAUGUGCUCAAGUUGAACCUUGCAGCCAAGCAGUGGAGUUUGGUCGAUAACUACGGUGACAUCCCCGGCGUGCGCAUGGGACAUACUGCAUGUCUCUGGCAAAGCGACAAGUUACUGGUAUAUGGCGGAGAGAAUGAGCAUCGCAUACACCUCUCGGAUGUCGUCAUAUUCGACAUCAAGACGGCUCAUUGGACGCAGCCAGACAUCAACGGUCCCAUUCCGAGAGGCCGGGCAAGGCAUUCGGCUGUCAUCCACGAUGAUAAGCUGUUCGUCUGCGGGGGUAUGACAGGCAGUGAUAAUGUGGUGCUGGAUGAUAUCUGCUUUCUCGAUCUCAAAACGUGGACAUGGAGCCGUACUUGGAGGUUCGUGGCCCGCUACGAUCACAGCAGCUGGGUGUGGGGAGGGAAGAUUUGGGUGAGCGGAGGAAUGAGCGAGGAAAUGGAACGGUCGAGUGAUGUCUGGUGGCUGGACUUCAGAGGUACUCCGGCAUUUGAAGGCGGGCCAAGCUACGGCAUGGCCGGGUCGGAAGAUGCCCGGAGACUGGGUGAAGGCUACGCCUUUGGACAGCAGACGGCCAUGGGUACCACUGGAUACGCCGCCAACACCAGCAGCGUACAGUCAAACUCAGCGACGCAGAUCCAGCGGACUCCACCACCGGUUGCACCCGGAGCGAUCAGCUCUGUCAAAUUCAUCUCUUCGCCAAAUCUGCCGAUCCAGAAUGUCGGCACUCACUUUCACGUCUUCAGCUCCGGCUGCAUGCUAGACUUUGUCACCCCGGCAACGAACAUGCCCCUCGACACAUCCCUGUCCGCGCUCGACCUGGACUCUCUACGAUGGCAGAAGCUGGCAGACGGCAAAGAUCUCUUCUCCCCGACGUAUCGAUGGCACUACUGCUGCAUGGAUGUGGACGGGACACAUGCCUGGCUGCUAGGAUGUCCGAGGGAAGCGCGAGACGGCGAUGAGACUGAGGAGUACCUGAGCGACGUUUUGCCCAUCGAUCUUCGCAAAUUCGGCCUGCUGGGCAACAAGCUGAGCCAAGAUUCGAGAAAUGAGCCACGACUACCGACGUCUGACAAUCACAUCUCCUCCCAUCUAUCUGCCAUCGGGGCAGACCUCGCGCGGACGUUCAAUCAGCCUCCUGAAUCGGGCGCAGGGACCGACUUUACAAUCACCGCCACACGAACGGAUGACUACGACAUCGAAACCAUGUCUGAAGACGGAUCCCUGGCGGCGACGAACUCGCAGCGAGAAACCGAGUCAAACCAGUCCCCUCCCAUCCACGUUCACCGCCUCAUCCUCAGUGCCAGAUGGCCUCACUUCGCCCGACUCUACAACUCUCAAAUGCAAGAGUUCCACUCGCGUCGCAUGCACAUCCCCGAACCCUACCCGGCCGUCAAGGCCUUUCUCUACUAUCUUUACACCGACAGCAUCUCGAGUCCGCCGGCUGAGAACAACACCAUCGGCGGACCAACACUGGAAGACGUGGCAAACAUGCUCGUGAUGAGCAACAUCUACGACAUGCCGCGACUCCGCCACCUCUGCGUCAAUCGACUGGUGCGCGACCUCGAUGUGCAACAUGCAGCGCUGAUAUUUGAUCGCGCAAGCACGGCGCAGGAAGAUUGGCUCAAAAGACGUGCGGCGAGUUUCUGCAUGACGCACUGGGGUCGUGUGGUGCGAACGGACGGAUUCAGACGUUUGAAGCGCUCUGCCAUGCUGGAGCUUUGCGAGGGUGUUGAUGCAGAGGGCAGAGUGGUGGGAGGGGACGAGUUGGAGGCUGUAGGCGGGCUAGGUGGUGCAAGGUUAGGGAGUGGCAUGCUGUGGGGGAAUGGAAGGAAGAGGGGCCGCGUGGGGAGCACAGCAGGCACGACUGUCGAUGGGGACGAUGGCGAGGCGGACGGGGACGCAGACGAGAACGAGAACGAGGAAGGGAUGGAGAUCACGUGAUUCGAGCGUGCAUUGGGCAGGAGCGGCAUCACGGCGUUGUGCUUGGACACACGGCACAGCGGAGUGGCUAUUGUUCCAGACUUCAUGAUUACGAGCAGAAUGAAUGAGGGUGAUGCACCACCCUGUGGGCUGUGUUGCAGACGUGAACGAUGCUGACGUCCAAUGGCACAUCCGCAUGUCUCUUCCAUCACACUAAGCUUCGACAGCAGCAGGGAAGACCGUUGUAACGACGCCGUCUACUCCGCGG